AUGCUGUAUAAAUCGCUAUGCGCCGCAUUGGCGCUCGCCUCCUUCCCGCUUUAUGUCGUUGGGACGCCAUCGCUCGAGCAACGUGAUUUGUCGCUUUUCCAUGACCCCGUUUGUCGUCAGAUUGGGAAGGCGAUUUCACCUGCUAGCGACGUCUACUACCCUGGCCAUCGGCUCUAUGUGAAAGGAAUAUCACACUGGGCCUCAUCAAGUUCCCAAUUGUCCAAGUGUGUCGUGGAACCUGGCACUGCAGCUGAUAUUGGGAUUAUCCUUGGUAUUUUAGGAAAAACUCGCACACCUUUUGCCGUUAAAGGAGGGGGACAUGCAUCCAAUCCAGGAUUUUCUUCGACGACCGGAGUCCAUAUUUCCAUGUACCGGUUCUCUGGAGUGAAGUACGACGAGGCUUCUCAGACCGCCGAGAUUGGAGCAGGACUCGUAUGGGACGAUGUCUACGCCGCUCUCGAGCCCUACAACGUCAACGUGGUCGGAGGGCGUGUAACGGGAGUGGGAGUGGGAGGCUUCAUUUUAGGUGGAGGAUACUCUUGGAAGUCAAACCAGUACGGCCUGACAAUCGACACGGUCACCGCCUUUGAGCUCGUAAAGCCGAAUAGCAAGGUGGUCACUGUUACCCAGGCCUCAGAUCCUGCACUGUUCAAGGGCCUGAAGGGAGGUUUUAAUAACUUUGGUAUUGUGACUAAAUUUACCCUCAAGACCUUCCCUCAAACCCAAGUCUGGGGAGGCCUAAUUACAAUUACGGCCCCAUUUAUCCCUCAAGUCGCCGCCGCUACAGCUGCUUUUUCAGCGAAUGUGAAAGAUCCCAAGGCCAGCAUCAUCACGACAUACAACUUCCUCCUCGGACAGCCUGGAAUCUCUCAACUCCUCUUCUACGAUGCGCCAACCCCUCCGCCUGGUAUCUUCGACGAUUUCCUCGCCAUUCCUCACCUCACAAAGAACGUCAAAACGAGGAGCUUCUCGUCGCUCGUGCUAGCGUCGCCGGCGAAUAUUACCUAUCACCAGCGUGGCGUCUUCAACACGGCCUCCGUUCUCGACUACACACCUAACAUGUUGGAUGUAGUGCUGAACGAGACAAUUUUCUGGGGCACGCGUCUGAGUCUCUUCGGCACGGGCACAUUCAUAUCAUACGAUGUCGAGCCCUUCCUUCCCAGUAUCUACUCGCACAACCUCGAACCCACCGCCUUCCCUCCCGUUCGUUCGCUCGGACUGCUUCCUUUCAAUAUCUACUACGCGUGGCUGUCCCCCUUCCACGACGAGUUCUUCCACGAUGCUGCAAGGAAGAGUGCACAGCAGGUCAUGAACGCCGCCAUGGCCGAAGGCCAGUCCUCUCUCCUCGGCGCACCCCUGUAUCCCAACUACGCCAUCUACGACACUCCUUUGUCUGAUAUUUACGGAGCCAAUUUACCAGCUCUCCAGGCUUUGAAAGCCGAGGUUGAUCCCACCAACAUCAUGGGCCUCGCAGGCGGAUGGAAGCUGUAG